UAAUAAUUUAAAAUUUUUUUCUUUUAAAGAAAAUUCUUCUUUUGAUUAUUUUACUUCAAACAUUCCUCCACGCCUUUUUAAAAAUAAAAAUAAAAUGGUGGUUACAAAUCCGAUUGAACAAUUUAGCAAUGUGGCUAUUCGUCCAAGAAUAAAAUGUUUAAAACCCGAAAAUGGAUUACCAAUGAGCGUUCAAUGGAGUCCAAUUCCUUACUUCUAUCCUGUUCAAAUACUCCAAUUUGGCUUCGAUUAUUUUAUGAGAAAUCGAACAGAACAGAGGGAAUUAAUUGAAAAAAGAUUAUCAAACAAAGAGGAUUUGUUGAUACUAAAAAGUGGAGAGAAAGCGAAUUUUCAACUCUUUUCUGAUUUGCCAAUUUUACUCUUUUCUGCAAAAAUGGAAUCAAUGGAUGGCUCUUUUGUGUUAUUUUUUGAAGAACGAAUUGGGGGGAAUUUAAAAAGAAGAUUAAAUUUGGAAUUUCGUCAAUGGCCUAAUGGAAGUGAAAAAUGUGUUUGGAAUUUAAAUAAUAAUUUUGAUGGAGAAAAUGAGGAAGAAAAUGUAAGAAUUUUUUAUAAAAAAUAA